AUGGGCGACCCCGGGCACCAGGACCCCAGACCCGGCACCCCGGCCCCACAGAGGAAGCCGGCCACCCAGACAGGGCCAGCACCCAUCACCACGGGCCCCCCAGCCCCACAACCCAAGACUAUAAGAGCAUCCGUCCAAGCCCCCACCACCAACAACCAGGGCCGGCACAGAAACCACAGACUGGCAGCCACAGUCUCCAGUCCAAGAGCCAUCAGACACCCGAAUCCCCCGGCUCACCCCCAGCCACCUGCCGGGUACACCGCGAGACAAGACUACAGCCGGUCACCCCCAUCAUGUGAUGGAGCUGAUCAAUCCACCCACUGGGUGGAGUGCUGUGCCGAGCGUUAUAUUAAACAGAGGAGUGCUGCUUCCUUUCACACUCCAAAUGGACGAACGACGGGCAACAGCGACUCAAUCCCUGAAGGUGAUGCACUGAGGAUUGUGAUGAUUGGCAAAACUGGUGUUGGGAAGAGUGCCGCAGGCAACAUUAUUGUGGGAAAAGAGCUGUUUGAGUCUGAAGUGAGUUCAGACUCAGUGACAGAGACGUGCCAAAUAGAACGUGUGAAACACUGCAAAAGAAAGAUCCACGUGAUUGAUACCCCCGGUGUUCUGGAUACAUCUAAAGAUGCUGACAUCAUAAAGAAAGAGAUUGCAAAAUCCAUCCAUAUGAGCUCUCCCGGCCCUCACGUCUUCCUGCUGGUCCUUCAGAUCGGCAGGUUCACCAAAGAAGAAAACAACUCUGUGCAAGCUCUGGAGAAACUCUUUGGACCCGAGGCAUCAAAGCACAUGAUCGUGCUGUUCACUCACGGUGAUGACCUGACUAAAAAGGGGUUGACCAUUCAUGACUACCUAAAAAGUGGCAACCCUAGACUCAUAGAGGUGCUGAAUCGAUGCGGUAAUCGAUACCACGUCUUCAACAACAAGAACAAGAACAGAACUCAGGUGGUUGAGCUGAUAAAGAAGAUCGAUGACAUGGUGGCAGCAAAUGGAGGAUCGCACUACACCGAUGAAAUGUUUGAGAAGGCACGGAGGAUUCUGAGGCAGGAGCAUCAAAACACACCCGAAAAGCUUUUCAACAACACAAAAUUCAUGUUGGAGCUGCAGCAGAAAGUCAUCCUGUUUCAGAAAGUGUUGGGUAACACAAUGGGCUGGACUGAUGCCUAA